GGGCUAUUCAGUUAACAGGCGUGUGCCAUUGCGUGCGGAUGUUUGGCCAUUUGCUAUCGUCCUAUCCGAUAUAACGUAUAUACGGAUAUUUUUACGAAUUGUACGAAUUAUAACGCCGGGAAAACUCGCGUCUUAAUUUUCCUUGAAUCAUACGCGAUUGUGCACAAUUCAAACGCGAUUUAUUUCGUCGCUGCUACGCGUUCGUGAAAUAUAAUAUCGAAAGGAAGGCAAACAUCUUGGACCGUCAACCAAAGUUUUUAUCCUGUACCAAAAUUCGCUCUCCGUUGUGUUAGCAUCGUCCUUCGUUUCUCUCAUUUCAAAAUUCAUCAAUAUCUGACAUGAGAUUGUGAUUAAAAACACAAAAGUUUGAAACAAAACGAAAGAGCGAUAAAAUAGUUGACGUGUUGCAAUUGGGAUGCAACGGGCUGGUACUCGUUGAGGAUCGAUUGUCGAGAAACUCCGAAAAUCAAAUUUUCGUUGCAUCCUUGACCGCUUGCUUCGGUACCGAAAUUUUCGUAGAUCAAAAGGAUUAUGAAUUUACGAAAUUUCGAUAAAUAAAAGUGAAACUUUAUAAUACCUAGUUGGUGCUUUUUAUUUAUUCGUUAUUCAUCUCGUUCAAUAGAAACUUUUUCUACCGGAUAUGUAAUAAAUAAUAAUGAUUAUUACUUGGUAAUAAUUAUAAUAAUAAGUGACCAGUGUUUCGUGACUCGUUCGAAUAAAUUUCAUCGUCUACGGAUAUGCUUGCAAAUAUAUGUGUACAUUAAUCCACGUGAUAGUGCGGUGAAAAGUAUAAUCGAAAGUUUCUUUCAACUGGAAAUUUGAUUAGCCGGGCAUUAGUAAAAGGAUCUGUGUUAUACGCAAAUAUAAUAUUCAAAAGAAAAGAUAUAGAUAUUUUGGAGUUUAUCGCAUUUUCGUGCUUGUGUGUAUAUCGAUUGGAGCGGACACGUUGAAGCCAUCACCGCAGAUUGUUAACAUCAGCGGCGGUUGCGGCAACUUGAAAGCAAUUCAUCGACCAAGAGUGAUGCUGUGAGACGACAAGGAACUUUAUUGAGGCGAGAGUCCAUAGAAGUCGAGGCAAAAUGAAGGCUCUCGUGACAGCAAUCACGGUGUUCCUUCUUAUGUUGGAUAACGUCGCGUGUGUUGAGUGGAAAAAUAGUGCAGUGUUGGACAACAAUUUUUUGGUUUUGUGGACACCGGGCGAGCGGGAAAUCACUUUUGAGGUGCAAGUUAAAACCCAAGGAUAUGUCGGGCUUGGUUUCACGAGAGACGAUCGACAAGUCAGCGCGGAUAUAGUCAUUGGAUGGGUCGACAAUAACAGCCAAGCUCAUCUUCAAGACCGCCAUGUAAAGGGCAUGAGUAGAGAUCCUCAGAUGGAUUCGAGUCAGGAUUAUCACCUUCUUAUCGGCUAUGAAAAUAAAACUCAUACGGUUCUACGAUUCAGUCGCGAAUACGACACCUGUGAUCCCCGCGAUCUCAAGAUCACGAACGACACGAUGCAAGUUGUUUGGCAAUAUCAUGCGGAAGAGCCAGUAUCAGUAGCCGCAGGACUUCCGGAAGACGGUACGGUAAGAGGCUCGCGUCCUCUUUACCUGGUACAACGAGAUUCCCAACCAAAGCGUACGUCGCGGAAUCAGGAAGUUCCUCCACCCCUCGAGACAUGGGAUGUCUUGAAUCAACAGGUAAAAUUGCCUUCCGAGGAGGAUACGCUGCUCUGGUGUCAGGUCGUUGAAAUGCCAAGCAUUGCUCACAAGCAUCAUGUCGUCAAGUACGAACCAGUCAUACAGCCAGGUAAUCAAAUUUAUCUGCAUCACAUGACGCUGUACGAGUGUCGCGGUGACUUGUUACAAUUGAAAGAAGCAGCGAAGACGAGCGGAAGCCCCUGUUAUGGACCCCUUGCACCAGCUCUUCAAUGCAAUACUAUGGCUGCUACUUGGGGUUUGGGCUCGGAGGGCUUUAAUUAUCCACCGGAAGCCGGAUACGCUUUGGACCCUCACACCGGGCCGCAUUAUUAUAUGCUCGAGACGCAUUAUACGAAUCCCCAGCUCGAUCGUUUCAUAACCGACAGUUCUGGUCUACGACUGUUGUACACGAAUCGUCUUCGAACUCACGACGCCGGGAUUUUGAGUGUGGGUAUCGAUCCUAACUGGCGGCACAUCAUACCACCAGGUCAACCCCAAGUGGUGUCAGAGGGUCAUUGCGUAGCUGACUGUACCCGUCAAACUGUUCCUGGCAGUGGUGUAAACAUGUUUGCCGUCAUUAUGCAUACUCAUCAACUCGGAAGGAGAGUCAGGUUGAGACAAAUAAGAGGAGGAGAAGAGAUGCCACCCAUCGCAUCUGAUACAAGCUACGAUCCAAAUUACCAGGAGUACAGAAGAUUGCAGCGUCCCGUAAAAGUUUAUCCGGGUGAUCAUCUGAUAGCUGAGUGCACGUAUUCAUCCGAAAGUCGUAAAAGUAUGACACUAGGAGGCCUCACAACCAAAGAGGAAACGUGCUUGGUAUCCGCCUUGUAUUAUCCACGAAUCGACCUGUCACUCUGUUACUCGCUCCCUUCAUUGCCAACAGUACUUCAUAGCCUCGGAAUCCAGAAGCUUUCGCAGGGAAUGGCGCCGGUUAUAAUUGAAGAGCCACCGGAAUUGGCGGGUAUGACACUGGAGGAGCGCCUAACAAGUUACAACUGGCAGGAAAGCUUCCAGAGUUUCCGGGAAGCGACACAUCGCGGUACAUUUAAGCCUUUGUGCUCGAGUACGAAGGGUGAAUUGUUGCCCAGUACCGAUAUACCAGAAGCUCACUAUCCUAAAAUCCAAAGACCAUACAAGGAGACGGUAUUGCCAUGCGCUAAAAAGACAAUCAGAAACAAACUCUCGAGGUUAUUUGGUCAGGAUGGAGAUCUGGGAACACCGGUCGACCCAGACAGUGACGAAGCGAAUGCAAUUGAACGUGGACAGUUGGUGCGUACGAAAGUUUCACGAAGCAGCGAGGGACCGGUGGCUGGAAGUUCUGGUGUCACUACUGUAUCGAUAGUGCUUUUAUUGCCAAUUAUUGUAGCUGCGAUCAGGUGAACUAAUAUUCAUCAAACUUGUUACUCGUGGUGAGUCCAAAUUUAAUUUUAUCCUUUAGGCCCCUCUUGUCUCCUUCCGCGAAUUGCUACUCGUGAUAAAAGUCAAACCCUCAUAGGAAAAUCCCCAAAAAAUAUGUCUGGUAGGUCAAAGAACAAUCAUCUUUAGUCCGGCGAGUUUUUCAAAUAAGCGUCAGUUUUGGCAAGCUUACAUGUUACCCGUCGUUUAUCAAACUUGCGACCUUCCAACUUCGAGAACUUUGGAACUUGACUUCAUGCACACAAACAUAUGCCCGUGAGUCAUUGAUGUCCUAGAUCGCGUUUCAUUUCGUGGAUUUUAUGUGGAUCGUGACAAAGUCUAUAAUAGACUUGUUUUUUCCUGAUUGAAAGUGCUACUUUUAAUGUUUCUUCGACUGACUAAUCAGAAGUACUCUUUAGAAUUUUCUCAUCCGAACUAAGCGACAUCCGCGAGCAAAUCCGAUUAUUUCACGAAAAAAAAAACCAAAAAGAAAGGAAUACCACGCGUUGUAGGGUUUUCUCGCGAAAAAUCACGAUCGAGAGGGAAUGAGGAGUUAAAGCGCGAAGAAGUUAAAUCACCAUGAUUUAACGUUUUGGCUGUUUAUAAUGCGUGUCAUAGGGAUAAUUGUUGUCUAAAGCGCUGAUUACCGUGAGCUUUUGUGAGUGCCACGGACAUACGUGAACGGAAACGUAAACGACAAGACGUUAAAUUAAAUAAUGCGACCAAUUGACGUUUCGUGUAGUUCGUUGUCAUUUGAAAGCAGCACUUUCGGUACGAGCUUUCGCGUUGUUGACGAAAAUCGUUCGACGUGAUCCAAUCAGUCGAAUAACGAGAUUUUCGUUCGCGUCAGCUUGUCAAUUGCAGGAUUCUGUAUAUUUCGUUGAUUAGAUCAUUAUUCGAGUAUAGACCUUUUGUCGAAACAAGCAUUGGUCGAUUUGUGACCUUGGAAUCGAACAAAUCACUCAUUAUUCUAUUAUUUUUGAAUAUUUUUUUUCUAUUUUUUGUUUGAUCACAACGAUUUCGAGAGAAAACAAAUGAAGAAGAUUCAGAAAUCGAAGUUCGACAACUCGGCCAACGCUUGUCGUGCGACUGUUUUGUAAUAUUUUGUACAGGUUAUUCAAUGUAAAAACAAUACACAUCCACACAGACACACACAUACUACACAUUGUUUUAUGGUUUUAGAGCUUAACGAAAUAUUAAUUAACGUAAAACAAUAGGAUGCGAUUAUUUAUUUUUUAAUUAAGCCUAUCUAUAUAAAUAUAUAUAUAUUAUAUAUAAAGGAGCACACGGUUAUAAAUGGACAGCGAGAUUAUUUCGGUGGAAGGAUUGAGGAAAAGCAAGAUAUGCGGAGAAGAAUGAAUUGAAAAUUUAUUUGCAGUUUUGCGAAAUAUCUUUUGUCAAAUGCCGUUGAAAAAAGUUGUAUAGAUUGAUACACUUGUAUCAUUAUUGAUUUUUUUUUCUAAGAAAAAAAAAUGCUAAACCUUAUGCAUUUGGUCAUUUGACACGAAAGCUCGAGAAACUUUUUUGUCAAACCGUCCUCGAGUAUUAGCUUCGUUGUCGCAAUCUUGUAAACGAGUCGGCUGAGUCCCAAAAAAUCGUCAACAGAAGGAAUAUUAAAAUUUCCAAAGUUUCGGGAUCUUAAUGUCCAUUUCUAUGGUAUGACGACUGAUCAUUCUCUACAUAGCCUUGCACCUAGUCGUUUCAUCCGGUUGAAAGAGAGGAUGAGUGAAAGUGAGAACGAGUGAGUGUGUGUGUGUGAGAGAGAGAGAGAGAGAGAGAGAGAAAAAAAAGAGUCGAAACAACAAAAAUUGCGCACUUUUUGCAUAUCUACAUUUACGCGAGCGCAUAUAAAAACAUUUCUAUAUACACAUAUUAUGGUCCAGGCGGGGUUUACCUUAGUUGGACAAAAUUUAUGCACCGAGCAAUCAACUUCGGAGUUACGAAAAUUUCUUUCAAUCAACUCUUCUUCGUUUGUCUUUGUUCCAACGAAAUUAUUUCAUCGAAUCAAGAGGUAAAAACACAAUCAACAAGUUAUCUUGUUCACACGUAAUUUAUUUUCUUGAAAUCAACGAUAACGAUUCGUUUUUAUCAUCUUCACUCUUUCUAAUCCAAUCUCUGAAUCAUCGACUUUUGAUGUUUAGACACUGCAUAGCUGCGGCAAAAUUAAAUGCGAAAUAAAAUAAAAACUUGACGAUUUCGAGCAAUUUUGACGUAGCCGGCUAAUCGAUAUAAUACGUAGAAAUAUUUUACAAUUUAAUACGAUUAUUCGUGAAUGUCAUAGAGAAAUCUGUGUAUGUGUAGUUUUGUAGGGCAGUUAUCUGGCUGAUUUCAAUGCAACGGCAAGCAAACGAUACGACGACAGCACUUUGAGAAUUCGAAAAAAGAAAAAGAAAAAAAUAACAAAGAUUUAACAUCUCGUUCUUGAGUUGCUAAAAUUUUGUUAUAGGUUUCAAUUAUUUCUCUCCAUUUCAAAUACCAACCCAUAUUUUUUAAUUAUUUAUCUAGGUUUAUUCUUUGAAUAAACUUCUAAAAAUACGUUCAACAAGUUCCUUGCAACGUCAGGCUCACUCAAGAAAAUGUUUAAAAAAUAAGAAAAAACGGAACAUGCCAGCAACUGCCAGUGAUAUAUGACCAGAACAAUCAGCAAAGUGUCGCACACGCGUUAUUCUCGAAAUUAAACAAAAAAUCGCGAAAAAAAAGUUUAAAAAAAGUAAAAUCCAUUUAUUCGGAGUUUAACGUGCAUAGAUAGAGGAGAGAGCGAGAGAGUAAAAGUGGAUGAAGCGUAAAGCAAAGAAAAUGAUUUAAUAAGAAAUGAAAAAGCAAAUAAUAAAAUACAUAAGUCAUUUAACGAUAUCAAGUAAAAGUAUUUCAAAAAAAUUUGUAUCACGAGUCACGAAAUUACGUUUAUUUUUCAGUUAUCGACAAAACUUGGUUUCGCCGCGAAUUCAUUUGCACAAUUGUUAUUAUUAAUAUAUCAUUAAUAAUAAUAGUAAUUAUAAUACUACUACUAAUAACAAUAAUAAUAUGGUACAUAGUCAUAAUUUUUUGUUUACUAACCAGAAGUAACUAUCAUACGCCGGAGUCAAAUAACCCGGACUAUCCUAUUACGAGAUUAAAGCGUGAUCAGUGUGACGCGAGUCAGACUAACGAAUAUUUUUCAUCUAGUACGCAAAAGGGAAAAUGUUCUAGUGGAAAAUGAAUCAAUAAUUAACGUUCCGAUCGAAUGUAUGAUGGAGCAACGCGGGGCGAUCUAUGCGCCAGCCGAGAUUGACAGUCCAAAAAAAAAAAGCAACACACAAGUUAUGAUGUGAACGCGGCGAAACCAAGAACUGCGAGCUCUGUAUGUAUAUCGUUCGUAGGGAUAUAUAAUAAGACGGUCGACGUUUAACACGUCCAGCGCCGUUUCAAACGAGUCGCAAAGAGGAAAGAUUGCGUUUUUGUAUGCUUGAUUGUGUGCGAGAUAAAUAUCGACCGAUAGCUUGACGAAUGAAUUAUUAAAUAUUAUGAUCGAACGAUUGUAUGAUUAGCAAAUGUGUGUAAAUAGUAAAAAAAAAAAUUCUGUACAUAGUUAUAGAUUUACAUACGAUCCGAUAUAGUCAUAACCGGUUUUCGUCACCGAUUGAGGGAUGUUAUCCCAAAAAAGAAACACGAAUACACAAAGACCCAGUAAAAAAAAUCAUCGAGACGGACAAACUGUGUCCGGUCUCUUAUAGCGUUAUUAUUUACUUGUAUUAAACGAGGUAUAAAGGAGGAUUGAAAGAAGAAAAAGUAAAGUUCAAUUUCACAAGAAAUACACGUACCGGCCGAUUAACCCUUUCGAUAAUUUCGUAGAUUAUCCCUUAACCACCAAAACUCAUCUUUUUCCCUUCUCCGCUAAUCUUCACCCUUUCGUUGUCCUCGAUUUAUACCUACUCUCGCCCAGCAAAAUGAGGAUGAACAAGAAAAAUGAAAACUAUAAAUGAUAACUAAACGCUACACUAUCAUCUACACUGUAACAAAAUGUAUUAUAUUUUAUAUAUAUAAAUAUGUAAAUGUUUUUCUAAA